GACGACUGCUGCUGCUGGACGUCCCAGGGAGAUGCCCAGCGCCUGCCGUUGCCUGUCUCUGGACGUCUAAGUGUGUUUUGGCGCCUCUUUUCGUGUUGCUUGCGCGCCAGGGAUUCUUGGUUGCGCACAGAAAUACCGCCUCUCCGCGACGUCUGGGGCGAUGGCCUCGGGAGGUUUGUUGACGUGCUGCUCGCUGACUGCCAGCACGCUGCCCUAAACUGCGGAGGAACCCCCCCUUUCGCUUUCGUUAUUUAUAUAUUGGGGUGUGCCAGAAAUGAAUUCGAGCCUGGAUCCGGAGGCGUUCUUUGCUAUCUACCACAGAGCAGACCGAGCGCGUGUGUCGAGGACUCAGGCGAAAGAUGGACUUUCCUGGCGGUGCAACCACGAACAUACGUGUUAUUGAUGGAUUUUCUACAAUUUACUGGAGAAUAUAUACGGAAGAGCUGACGAUAGCAAGCCACGCGCCAGAGGUGCCGGCGAACGGAUUGACCAUCCUGAAGCAUCUCAGUCGGUUAAAGGAUCUUGAGCUUCGACUACGGAAUUUAGAUUGCCUUGUGGCAUGCCUUCCUCGCCGAUUGGGCCUCUGGGUGUUUUCCGCGACCCCGGAUUUUGAAAGCUUGAGCUCUCUAUAUCUUGCUGGCAACCAGGAUGGAUCGAACAGACUCCAUGUGGAUUCGUCCACCCUGAGAGUUUCGGCCUCCGGAAACGCAACGUCUCACGACCUGAUGAGGAAUUUGUCUGCAGAACCUCAACCCCCUAGUACGAAUAAUGGAGCUCCGCAAAAGCCUCAAGCCGCGCAAGCUCCGGCUAGACGGAUAGACAGCUAUAGUGGCUCUGCUGCGAUUUAUGCUACCUUUGUUUCAGCGGUGACAGGCGCCAUCAGCCUGCAACUAGUUCGACGCCAUGGUGCGAUUCCCCUGGGCUCUCGAACGCUGUUCACCGCGGUAGAGCAGAACGGCUACGAGAGCCCGCAGAUCGCAAAUGAUGAUCCUGCCUCGGUUCCUUCACUUACAACCCUCCAAAUCCAACUGACCCCUAUCGGCAAGGUUAUUGUCUCGUUCCAGUCGGUAGGGCAGAUGGGUAUCACGCGCCUUCUCAACGUGGACUCGAAGGCUACAGACCUCCUAAAUGCACCCAUAGGUCUGGAUCUGUGGCUAUCUCCAAACGGUACCGUGGCUCGACUGACUGCUGUCGGAGUCGAUAGGGCUAAUAUUCCUUCUCCUACUCUCUCAAGCAUGCAGGGUGCGGGGAAGGACAGCUCCUUCAUCACACCGAUGGCCAAACGCAACUUGUGGAAAUCAAACGUGCUGGGAUGGCUUGGGAAUUUCGGCCUUGCCCUCGGUUCUCUUGAAGAGGAAUUAUGGGUGGAGGUGGAAGUCUUCGAUUCCUUCUACGCUCGAUUGGCUGGCGAGUCUACGUCUGCUCUCCCGUUGAAACGUUUUCUUUGGCCUGCUAGGUAUUGCUUUAGAAGAACAGCUUCCGAUUUAUCCCCAUCAUCUUACGGAGCAUCCGAUGGUUUCUCGCUCCUUGAUGACCCACUGGAUUUUGCUCAGCGGUGGUUCUCAUCGGUGCCCAACUCCAUACAGGAAGUCAUCGCGUCGGACCCUUCCAUCCAUUCCGAAGAACAUUCCCAAUCAAAAAAUCAGGCUUUGACAUCACCAAAGGCGGAAUUGUCUGAUGGAGUGGAAAGCCUCUCCCGUACAGCAGAAUACCCCGAUCUAUCCACGGCAACUCUUGUCUAUCCCACGCCACCAGAUGGUGCCCUUUCUGUAGGGGUAAAUGUGCCUCACGGACCGGAAACCCUUCAUGAAGAACCUACCCUCAAUCCACCACACUUGUUAAAUCGGCCCCAAGGCCUGGGCGACCCUCAUGGUUAUCCAGAUGACAGUGCUAUUCAAGGUUUAAAUCCGUCUUCGAACCUUGCAAUAGGCUCAGGUCUGUAUGACGGCGACGACGACGAAGACUUGUUCGGGGAAAUGAACGACAAGAACUUUGGAUCCAAAGGAAUCAGUGAUGCUGAUUUCAGCUUCUUCGACAACCCAGGUUUCGAUGACAUGGGGGAGGAUGUCACUCAGUCUGAAGACAUGUUGGAACCCCCCAAAGCCGAUUUUGAACUGGAAGACGCCAUGCCAGAUCCCCCCUCAGAAGUUGAUUCAAUCCAUGAAAUGGAGGUGCAGAGCUCACCUGCUUGUCCUACUCCUACAGCGCAACCGGAGCCCCUGGAAGAAGCUAGCGAACCAAGUCCUGAGGAGGAUCGGCAACACCAUGACGAGACAAGACAGACAAUUAGCCCCCCGUUAAGUCCUGUUGAGGUCAAGAAAAUUCUUUUUGCGGGAGAGGAGCAAAUCGGCAAUCAUUCGACGGGGCGUAAACAGAGCCAUUACGAUCCGGUGUUGUUCAGACAGAAUCUCCAAGAUUGGAAUGAGAAAUAUGGUGUCGAAGGAAAAUUCAUGUCAGCAGUUGGUACUGCUUUCCCUUCUGAAGCAGCCCAUACGACCAAAGAUAUUCCCACAAUUGGCCUUCCACCAAGAAGCAAAUCCCUCGCCUCCACCAAAGAUUCUUUAAAGAUACAAGGCCCCUCUCCAACCAUUGCUAGGCCUCCUGUGCGUUCCGAUUCUGUUUCCAGUGCCGGAACGAGUGAUAGCAGCGAGGAGGUGCCCUCGGAGGCCGAAAUUUCCCCUGUUACUCUUGCCACUUUGAAGAGAAAGCGUGCACACUCCGAUUCCGGCGAAUCAGCAGCCUCUUCGUUUGGGAAAUCCUCCGUCAUGCCUGACCAAGAUCCAGCGAUGCAGAAGGCCGGCGAUUCUAUAUUUCUGGGCAAUUUUCUGUCAUUAUUAUUGGACUGGUCAUUGAUGGGCUACUUUUCUGUUUCUAACAGUCAAAUAUCUCCUGCGUUGCUACGCAAAGAAGAUCAGAUCCACGUCGCACAAAUAUUGGUUGAUCAAAUAACUCAAUCCUCAUUAAACCAUGCCCUUGAUGGGCGCAUUAGUUUGUCUGAUCUCGAGAAUGACUCGUUUUCCCUUCGCACCGUCUUCGAGGAGCCAAUUUUUGGUGGCGAGAUUGAAAGACUCGAUUUGAAGAGCUAUGUUUCGUUGCAGGAAAGCAGCACAGCUCCGAACACGACAACUGACCCGAAUACAGCUCGCCAGAGCACACCAAACAUCCAACGAAAGGAGCCAGGGAAAGUGGCUAUAUCUAAACUGCCACUACCUCAUUUGCGCCUCCGUCGUGGCCAAGAUUUUAUGGAAAUUCUGCCACCUGGGGUUGCUUUCUGGGAAACAUUUGGAUUAGAGCCUGCCUAUGGCCCUAAGGAUGUCUCCGCAUAUUGUAUCCAUCCUCACAUUGCACCGGAGGCAGCAGAUGCUUUCUUGGAACGUUUAGGGUUGCUUUAUUCAAGAUGUGGUCUGGGAAAACACGUCCGAGGCGACAGAUGCAAGAAAUUCGAGCAGGGUCUUGGAUCAUGGAAUGUCAAUAUGUCUGGUGACUCGGAUUAUUCAUCCGUAAUGCAUUUGUUAAUGGCGUUAUGUGAAGAGCUAGGAACUGCUUUCUUACAAAGUCCACAGACCAAGGAAAAUCUGGUAAUUUAUAUAAUCAACCCCUUCAGCCAUGCUGUCGCCUUGACCGACAUCUGUUGGGCCUUUUGGCACCUUCUUCAGAAGUACGUCUCCGAGGCAAGUCGCCAAAAUAUACGCCAACUUGACGAGAUCAUGCUCCAAGUUAUUCCCAUGGAUUUCAUUGCAUCGUCCGAGUCACUCGUCGUACCUACCCAGUCAGAGUAUCUUAGCCUGGCACUAGAAGUGUACAGCCGGUGCCCGCUCAAGGACUCGCGCUUGAGUCUAGUCAAUGCUACACCCCCUAUACUCCUUGCUGAAAAUUCCCCGAAAACCAUCAAUUUUAGGCUCGCCGCAGAGGCGACAUCGCCCUUGCAAGAAGCGAAGAGCCUGCAUCUAGCCUAUUCGAGGAGCUUGGACCGGCGAUGGAUCACCGUAGCGUGGUCCGACAGUACGGGUUCUUUCCAGAGGACCAUGUCAUACUGUCUACGCUUUCGUGGAUCGACUGCUGCAAGAUCUCUUUCGGAGGUACGUGGUGAGAUUUGGGGGGCAACCAAGACUAUCAUGGAGAAAACCCAGGCACGUUGGCGACUGUUGAUUGCCAAUACAGACCCUGUGGAGCAGGAGGAAAUCGAUGUGUGGGUUAAUCUGAUUGAUCAAUACAACCAACAUCGAUCAUUGCCUUUGGAGCUGGUUAUCUUGAAUGUCAAUCCUGUCCCGGACCUCCAUCUUGAACCACCUUCUCUUCCCUUAUAUACGAACAUUCUACACCCGCACACAUCAUCCACUCCUGUUACCACACCCCUUCCCUUACCCAACGCUCUUUCGCCGGAUCCUCUGGGGAAUGCUGCUACCACACCAACAAAUAGUGGCAAUAACCCUGUAAACGCCGCGACGCCCACAGAUGGUCUUCCUGAACCGGAGUCCGAGUCUUUGCUCACAGACAUCUGUGAUGAAUCCUGGGCGCUCAUCCUGUCACAUCGCCUUAACUACUCGCCGCAUUUGACUGAAUACCGGCCUGCGUUAGCUAGCGGACAUCUCCUUCGUCGAAAGGGCCCUGCUGACAACGAGGGCGUGUUUGCUGCAAACGUGAAUCUGGUCUACACGCAGCGGCCCUAUACAUCAUAUGACUUGCUUCUUCGAGAGAUCAUUGGCAUGUAUCGUGAUCUUACCACUCUUGCCAGGGCUCGUGGCACCCGAAGUGCGCAACGAAGCACCCUGCCAUGGCAUGUUGCGACCGCAGUCCGCGCCCAAGAGCUGCUGAGCUACGUCUUGUAAACAACUCAUGACCCUUUUUUUUGAUGUUCCCCUUUUGCUUAUUGUCUGGUGUCCUUUUUUCAAGAUAUACAUGUGGCGUUCACGGCAAGAUACGUUCCAUAGCUGCCUAAGCCAUGGCUUUAUGAAGUGUACUAUAUUAUAUUUAGUCGUCAUCAUUGGCGGGGAUUUUCAGAGCUAGAUCAUAUAUACCACCAGCAAGGAGGGUAUCUCUUUUUAUCUAUUAGGGCGCAAGGCUGUGUGAUUCUGAUAAACUGAUACUGGUUAGUUCAGCUGCAUAGGCCUUGGUUGUUCUGGCAUAGCUUUUGCGACCUCGGGAAUAUAUAUAUAAGAGAAAUCGUCUCGACGGUACCAGUGGCACUGGUCCAUUUCUAUGAAUAUUAAUACUGG